CGUAGAUGGUGCGCUCUGCCGGGGAGUAGCUAAAUUCUCACUAGCGCAGUCUGCUAUGCAUGCAGUGAACAAAAAAUAGAUUUGUUUCAAACGGUCACGACAAGUCUGCGUUUGUUAUUUUCGUCAAAAAUCUGCAUGACCCAGUGAUAAUUCUCAUUGACGAUGAUAUAAAAAAUCUUAGAGAAUUUUUGCCAUCAACACCUUUUCGGUACCUGAUAUACCCACCCAGCAAAGAUGGGAACCCUUGAAGAACAAAUUGUCAUGACGCCUUUGAAAAAGGCCCCUGGCUGCACUUCCUUGUUGGUGGAGCGUCAGAAAAGGGUGAUCGUUGAAAACGGAGCCGGCGGGGACACCCAUGUGGCGGGCGGCGCGCACCAAGGACUAGUUAUUAAAAAGCGUGAAGGAGGAGCCGGCGAGCUUUCCCCUGCUCAGCUGGCCCUUGAGUUUCGAGUGUUCCUUGUCUCGGCACAAACUGGUAAACAUGUUAAGGAAAGUAGGACCCUCAGAUUUUGGUGCAGCUGUGCCGACGAGCAGCAGGCAACCCUCGCACAAGAUUUCUUCAAACACCUCGUCAGCCCUAAUGACUUCCCGAGGGAUUAUGUUGGUUUCAUCAAGAAAAUCAUGAAGUUGCUGCAGAAUGGCUACAAGGGUUUGGACAAAAUUGAAGUCGAGAUGCGGCAACUUGGCGAAACAGAGGAGGUUCCUGAAAGACCACAAUCGGCAGACGAAGGUGCAACAGGGAAGCGUGUUGAGCUUACAGAGGAACGACUGAUGGAAGUGAUAGAGGCUGCUUAUCCAAAUCCAGUCACCCUGACUGAGCUGGCCAAGGACAGGUUCUGGGAUGAGAACCACCUGGCUGAAAUGUUUACUGAUCUGCAAACAAGGGGCUUGGUGCACGCCCUAGCCGACCAACCAGGACAUUUCACUAGAGCGGCCCAUUCGCGAUCUGAUGUCAUUCAGGUGGUGAAAGCGAUGCCAAAAGUUGUUGCCUCCAAGCAGCCUACAAUUGCAGUUGUUACUGCGCUUUAUUGUGAAAAGCUUGCUGUUGACUCGAUGCUGUCCGACACAGAAACCUAUGUCAGAUUCACCACUGUUGGCGAGUCAAAUGUCUACACUCUUGGGACUCUUGGCUGCCACAGAGUCGUAACUACUAAACUGCCAACUUCUGGUCACACUAGGGAGGCGAUGACUGCAGCUGGAAAUACAACAACUCGUCUCUUGGGCACCUUCCAGCAAGUCGAGUAUGUGUUCCUAAUUGGAGUGGGUGGUGGUGUCCCUCACUACACCGACGAAUCAAAGCACGUGAGACUAGGUGACGUUGUUGUUUCGCACCCUGGAAACCCUCCUAAGAACUAUGUCUACUGCUAUUGUGACUCAUUGAGCCAAGAUGAAAAUGGAAAGUGUGAUUUUGAAACCAAAAAAUGGUGCCCUAAGAGCCUGGAACUGCAAUCUCUUGCUCAGCAAGUAAAAGAUGAGGCGGAUUCUGGGGAAGAGCCUGCCUGGUUGCAACAUUUAUUGGCUUCUCAAAUUCAACUUGGAGGAAACAAAGAUUCAGAAAGCUCCAUCGACUUUAGUAGACCGUCUGAAGACACCGACAAGCUCUACAUGAACAUCGGCCCAAGGGAGGUGAUUGAAGUUGCUCACCCUACGCCAUCGGAAGGGUCAUCCCCUAGACUGGAAGGCUGUCCUCGUAUGCACUUGGGAUGUGUUGCUUCGGGACGAUAUGUUGCCAAAGACGAAUCUUGCAGACAGCAGUUUACUUCCAAAUAUGGAGUGAUCGCCUUUGACCCGGAGUUGGAUGCCGCCGUCCAAAGUGUGCAAGGCAACUGCAGGGACAAUUUCAUGUCCAUCAGAGGAAUUUCCGACUACAGAGAUGGUUCUCGUAGAAAUGAAUGGCAGCCAUAUGCAGCCUUGGCAGCUGCCAGUGUAAUGAAAGCCAUUGUCAUUGGUAUGGAUGAGCCUCUUGACAAUGAAUAGCUAUUUUUUUGCCGUGCCAUGAUAUAUGAAAAUGCUUUUAUUAGGCCACAUUAUGUCUGAUGAUAAUGAUUUAUUUAAAUUCAACGCGCACAAACUUUAUUUUUAAUGUUUUUUAUGAUAUGAUGACAUUGACACACAGGCAUAUGCUUACGGGACCUCCUCUUAUAGGAAUUUGUCAUGAUUACAUUAACUAACAUUUUUCCUUUAACUAUAAAGUGAAUUUAAUAAAUUUAAAACCAAAAACCUAGUCAUAGGUUGAUCAUCCAGAUUGCAUGACUGACAUUCUAUUAAGUAAGAACAACAUGGUAUUGAAGCUUAGCUAUAUUAUUUAUUUUUGUAGUUUCAUCAUAAUAUGUUUUGUUUAUUACUCUAAUUGUUUCAUUAUUGCCAGUCAAGAGACAAUCAAUCUGUAGAUUGAUAUCUGGCAGAGCCGUUAAAAAGUUUUUUCUUCAUAAAUGCACACUGUACAUAACUGGAUUAUUACGAGAAAUAAAAAUUGAAGUAUAAAGCUGAA